AUGGAUGAACAAGUGCCCGCGAAUUACGGAAACUUAGAUCAAGAAGUUUAUUUAACACGUAGUUUCUUACUCUUCUGUGGUUUAUGGCCUGGCACAACUUAUUUACGUUAUUUUUCGGUGAUAAUAUUCCUUUUCCUCGUUCUCUGGAUGCCUUUUGCUGCGUACUUGUACUUUUUCUUCAGCGACACCAUAGAAAAUGUUGUCGAGACUACUGGGUAUUUGAUGAGUGUCAAGUACGUGAUACUGGAGAUCUUUAUAUUCCGAAGCAACAAAAAUAAAAUAACGUCAAUUGUCGAGCACAUGAGUGACAAUUGGCUGAGCAUGACUUUUAUCCCUGAGAAGGAAAAAAAAAUAAUUUACAAAAAUUUAUUGGAAUCGCGGUUUGCUGUACGCUUGGCAUUUUCAUUUGUUACCUUCUGUCUGAUAUUUUAUUCAAUAAUGCCCUACAUCAUUGCACUCAUUUUGGGCAAAGAGUUUCCAAGACAAGCGGCUCGAGUCGCCUGGUACCCGUUUCCGUUGGAAAAUUUGUACGUUAUAUUUCUGACUUCUUCAGUGACAUUGGCGGCUAUUUUUCUGAUUAUGCUGAUCGAAGUGGCCAUAGACGCUUUUCUUAUCCUGCUCGUCUAUCAUUCCGUUGGACAGCUGCGGUUACUGCGAAACACAAUCGGUAAAUACCGAGGAUUAAUCAGACAUCCAACUGAAUCAUCACCAAAGUUUUCAAGAGGUUUCAAAAAAUCUUGUCCUUGCCUUAAGUGUAUCGUCGAUCAUCAUGUGGACAUCGAGAUGUUUGUAGAAAAAAUAAAUAAUUCUUUCUCCAGUCUCAUUAUUUAUUGCUGGCUAGGUGAAACACUCAGUAAGAGAAGUGAAGAUAUUGCAAGAGCUGUAUGUGAAAUCGAUUGGAGUAUUAAAAAAAGCAAGAAAUCCCUCGCUUUGAUGUUGAUAAUAAUUCGUUGCAGGAAACCAUUUGCUAUAACUGCUGUGCAUUUUAGCAUCUAUGUCAUAUCUUUCCGUCCUUAUCGCUAUCGGACUAGUUUUUCAUUAAUUCCCAACUUGUAA